GAUAAGAGGAACAUCAACAUCUGCAGGCAGGCCGAGGGAAGGGAGACCUAGCAGGGCAGCUGAAAGAGGACGAGAGAGAAACCCAAACCCGAGAGGCAAGGCCAUCACAUCUCAGAUGCACCAGAGAGGCCACCUGCACCCGGUGAUCAAGGCUUUCCUGUGCGGCUCCAUCAGCGGCACAUGCUCUACCCUCCUUUUCCAGCCCCUGGAUCUCCUCAAAACGCGCCUGCAGACUCUCCAGCCUGCAGCCCCGGGGUCCAGACGAGUCGGGAUGCUGGCGCUGCUCCUGCAGGUGGUCCGCACCGAGAGUCUCCUGGGCCUGUGGAAAGGGAUGUCCCCUUCCAUUGUGAGGUGUGUCCCUGGCGUUGGCAUCUACUUUGGCACGCUCUACUCUCUGAAGCAGUACUUCCUGCCAGGCCAUCCCCCCACUGCCAUGGAGUCGGUCAUCCUGGGGGCGGGCUCUCGCUCAGUUGCAGGGGUCUGCAUGUUGCCCAUCACUGUGAUCAAGACACGUUAUGAGAGCGGGCGGUAUGCCUACGAGAGCAUCUACGCGGCCCUGCGGAGCAUCUAUCGCAGCGAGGGGCACCGGGGCCUCUUCAGCGGCCUGACAGCAACGCUCCUUCGGGAUGCUCCCUUUUCUGGAAUCUACCUGAUGUUCUACAACCAGACCAAAACCAUUGUGCCCCACGACCAGUUGGAUGCAGCCCUUAUUCCCGUUGUACAUUUCAGCUGUGGAAUAUUUGCUGGUACUCUGGCCUCACUGGUAACUCAGCCUGCAGAUGUUAUCAAGACUCAUAUGCAGCUCUCCCCAGUGAAGUUUCGGUGGAUUGGCCAGGCAGUGACAAUCAUCUUCAAAGACUAUGGGCUGCGUGGCUUCUUCCAAGGUGGCGUCCCUCGGGCUCUGCGCAGGACUCUGAUGGCAGCCAUGGCGUGGACAGUCUAUGAAGAGAUGAUGGCCAGGAUGGGCCUGAAGUCCUGACCCAGAGGGCCCUGGGAAAGGAUGGGAUCCGUUGUCCUGCCUGGCUUCUGCCGGGGCUGCGUCAUCUCACUAUUCUGGAGGGAGAUCGAGUCCUUUCUGGACAGCCAGGCAGAUAUGUCACCUUGUUGCCCAGUUCAAGGAGAGAAUAGAUGGGCCUGACUCAAGCCUUCAGAAUCUCCCUAAAGAGGAGUCAGGGAGACAUCAGCAUCUUGGGAAGUUAGGAGAAGGGUUUGCACACCUUGCAAGGCUACUUGAAAGCCUUUCCCGAGAGAGAGCUCUGUCGGGGUCUCUGCUUCAACCCCUCACCGACACCAUGCUGCCUCUUUGGAACUGUUCCUGGGCAAGGAAUCGCAAAGCCAGAGAAGCUGUAGGCUGCCCACUGGGGCCGAGGAGCUCCAGCUGGGGUGGGGUGGGGGGCCCGGAGGGGCACUGGUUCUGCAGAGAGAGGAGUCACUGUCACCAGGCCGAAGUCUAUGUCUGAGAUAAUGUUAGGAUGAGGAAGAAAAGCACUCAAUUACUUAUUUGGUUCCUCAUCAACCUCGCAGGCUCUGCAGAAGGGGGACAGUGGCUUCCUAGCCUCCAAGUGUCCAAAUAGUUUUUGUCUUGGCCCCAGCACUGCUUCAACUCUGAAUUCUGCAUUUUUCUGCAGCUGAAGUUCAGAUAAGUAUGACGAAGCACGUUAUCAUUGAAAACUGUUUGGAAAACCUAGAGUGUCAUCACUCUGUUAGGUCCUAACAUUUAGGACCUAAACAUUUUAAACAGCUUUAUGUUACUUGUCAUCAAUGUACCCAUUUCAGAUAUACAUUCAGGCCUGGCUGGUGUGGCGAGUGGUUGAGCAUUGACCCCAGCACCAAGAGGUCACCGGUUCAGUUCCUGGUCAGGACACAUGCCUGGGUUGUGGACCGGU